AUGUCAACAUACAAUAAGACCGCAAUCUUAUCAGUCUAUGAUAAAACUGGGUUAUUAGAUCUUGCAAAAGGUCUUGUUCAAAACAAUGUUCGUAUCUUAGCUUCCGGUGGUACUGCUAAAAUGGUUCGUGAAGCUGGUUUCCCAGUUGAUGAUGUUUCAGAGAUCACACAUGCUCCAGAAAUGUUGGGUGGUCGUGUUAAAACUUUACAUCCAGCUGUUCAUGGUGGUAUUUUAGCUAGAAACCUCGAAUCGGAUGAAAAAGAUUUAAAAGAACAAAAAAUCGAAAAAGUGGAUUUUGUUGUUUGUAAUUUGUAUCCAUUCAAAGAAACAAUUUCAAAAAUUAGUGUUACAAUUGAUGAAGCUGUUGAAGAAAUUGACAUUGGUGGUGUUACUUUAUUAAGAGCUGCUGCUAAAAAUCAUGCUAGAGUUACUAUUUUAUCAGAUCCACAUGAUUAUUCAACAUUUUUAGAUGAAUUGAAAUCUGGUGAAGUUUCUGAAAAAUUAAGAAAUAGAUUAGCUUUGAAAGCUUUUGAACAUACUGCCGAUUAUGACGCCGCUAUUUCUGAUUUUUUUAGAAAACAAUACUCUGAAGGUGUUUCUCAAUUACCUUUACGUUAUGGUGCCAACCCACAUCAAAAACCAGCUCAAGCUUAUGUUCCUCAAGGUGAUUUACCUUUCAAAGUUUUGAGUGGUUCACCAGGUUAUAUUAAUUUAUUGGAUGCAUUAAAUUCAUGGCCAUUAGUUAAAGAAUUAUCUGCUUCAUUAAAUUUACCAGCUGCUGCUUCAUUUAAACAUGUUUCUCCAGCAGGUGCUGCUGUUGGUUUACCUUUAUCAGAUGUUGAAAAACAAAUUUAUUUUGUUCAAGAUAUUGAAAACUUAUCUCCAUUAGCAAAUGCUUAUGCAAGAGCCAGAGGUGCUGAUAGAAUGUCUUCAUUUGGUGAUUGGAUCGCUUUAUCAAACAUUGUUGAUUUACCAACUGCUCAAAUAAUUUCAAAAGAAGUUUCAGAUGGUGUUGUUGCUCCAGGAUACGAACCUGAAGCUCUUGAGCUCUUAAAGAAAAAGAAAGGUGGUAAAUAUUGUGUUUUACAAAUUGAUCCAAACUUUACCCCAGAUUUAUUGGAAUCAAGACAAGUUUAUGGUAUCACUUUACAACAAAAAAGAAAUGAUGCCAUCAUUAAUAAAUCAACUUUUAAAGAGAUCGUUUCUAAGAACAAGGAACUUACAGAACAAGCUAUCAUUGACUUGACUGUUGCAACCAUCUCUUUGAAAUAUACACAAUCAAACUCUGUUUGUUAUGCUAAGAAUGGUAUGGUUAUUGGAUUAGGUGCUGGUCAACAAUCAAGAAUUCAUUGUACAAGAUUAGCAGGUGAUAAAGCUGACAAUUGGUGGUUUAGACAACACCCAAGAGUUUUAUCAUUCAAAUGGGCAAAAGGUGUUAAAAGACCUGAAAAAUCUAAUGCUAUUGAUUUAUUUGUCACUGGUCAAAUUCCAACAACCGAACCAGAAAAAUCAGAAUAUGAAUCUAAGUUCGCAACUUUACCAGAACCAUUAACCGAACAAGAAAGAAAAGAAUGGUUAGCUAAACUUAAUAAUGUUGCAUUAUCAUCAGAUGCAUUCUUCCCAUUCCCAGAUAAUGUUUACAGAGCUGUUAGAUCAGGUGUCAAAUAUAUUGCUGCUCCUUCAGGUUCUGUUCAAGAUUCUGCUGUUUUUGCAGCUGCUGAUUCAUUUGAUUUAGUUUAUGUUGAAAACCAAAUUCGUUUAUUCCAUCAUUGA